AUUUAGCGUGUAUUUGUAAGUAUUCUUGUUUAUCAAUGAGUAUUGAUAUAAUUUUGGUUUUUAAUAAGAUGUGUAACAUACCUGCGUGAGCAGAGAUAAGUUACUUAAGUCUUUCUUGUCGACAGAAUUUUGGUUGAAACUUGUAUCACUUCUGAAUGUUUCUUUAAGUUCAAUUUUUCUGUUCGAUUUUUUAUGGAUAAAUUAUAUUAAAUGAAUUGGGCGGAAGUAAAUAGCCGGAAAUUGAUCGCGAUUGUUUUGAUUGUACAAUAAAACAGUUCAUUUUAUUUGCCUAAUUUUUUAUUUGAUUGCUGAAUUAUUUACAACGACAUAUAUAAUUAAUACUUUAGUUAGAUAUAACAUCAUUAAGUGUUGCCAUCGGAAUGUGUUGCCUAACUGGAUGUCUUGAAAAAUUGUAGCGUUAGGACAAAUAGUAGCUGAGUUUACCAGUAUUCAAUGGGGGAUCUUAUAAGAAUAUAGGAAAGAAAGCAUGUACAAAUGUGCACGAAUGUGAGUGUGCUUAUGAAAAAAAUAUAUAAAGUUUUUUUGUUAAUAAAUUCUGUUUUUUGGGUUAGUUUUGGAGAUGUGUAGCUUUGCUCAGCAACGUUUCAGAAAAGAAGAUUUAUAAAAAUAUGACAUAUUAUGUAUUUCACUCUUAUCUCCCCUCGAGAAAGACUAGAAAUCCAAAAGGUCUCAAGAUAGAAAUUCACAAAGGUUAGUCUUUAGUAGAAUUGCCCUUAAAUUUCAUUUAACAAAAAGGGCCUUAAACAAAAAAUAGGAUGUGCACACUGUUUUCCUUUAAAACUGGUGUCGCAUUGCACAUUCGUUAAUGACGUGAAAGAACAUGUCAUUCAUUUCAUUCCUCAUCAAGUGCUUUCUUUCUAACGUUUGAUUGGAAGGUAAGAAAGAUAAACAAACGUCGGCGGCUUGAGUUUUUAAAUCCCAGGUAAAACACAAAUAAUGCACAAAGUUUAAAAAAAAAAAUAACGUUUAUGCAAUCCUAGUAGUUUCUCGUUUUGGGGGUAACAGGAUUUGACCCGAUUCAAAAACCUUCUUUAUUUCUAUCUGUGACAGGUGACCGUUAAAUGAUAUGUUCUAAAUCUAUUUUUAACAAUACAAACUGCAUUAGUCAUGAGAGUAAUUUAGACGACUUGCUCCAUUUUAUAAAGGUGCUAUGGAUAUGCUUUACCUGUUAAUAUCAUGGACAAUUUUUCACGUACCUGUUGAGUCACUUUCAGUUUCGGACUUUUAUUCUUUUGGAGGGAUUAAUGGGGAUACUCUCAUGGCUAAAAAUGAUGACGGAAGUUCUCCAAAUGUUUCAAUUACCACAAAAUUCCCUUACUUUAAUCAUCAACACGACAAAUUAAUUGUGAGUACCAAUGGUGCUAUUUCAUUCCUGACCCCAGUGUCUCAAUUCACCCCGGAUCCUUUUCCGCUGGACGGGGACCGUAGACUUAUCACUCCCUUCUGGGGGGACGUAGAUACAAGGCAGGGAGGACAAGUCUGGUAUAGAGAAACUACAGAUCGGGAUGUGCUAGACAAAGUUUCCAAUGAAAUCAUAUCGUAUUUUCCAGACUUCUACCGUUUCCAUGCAGCUUGGGUUUUUAUAGCUACAUGGGAAAAUGUCGCUUUUUAUGGAUGUUCUGCGAGUGUUGGUUGUUCAAAGAGAAAUACCUUUCAAGCUGUACUGAUUACAAAUGGACAACAUUCCUUCGCCAUAUUUAAUUAUGCAAACAUUGAAUGGACGACAGGAACGGCAAGUGGUGGGACUGCAGAUAGUGGACUCGGUGGGAAACCUGCACAGGUUGGUUUUAAUGCUGGUGAUGGGAAAGUAUAUUAUGUAGUGAACGGCUCACGUACAGCAGACAUUAUCAAUAUAAACAAAAAAUCCAACGUGGGUAUACCCGGAAAGUUCGUCUUCAGAAUAGAUUCAUCGGAAAUAGGAGGAGGAGGGUGUAACACAAAAGGUAAUGUCAUCAUAACGCCAAGGAGCGGGCCAAUGUUCGGCGGUCAACACUUGACAUUCAGUGGACCUUGUGUGGACCAGUACACCUCCUUCAAAGUCAGGUUCUCUGGUAUUAAGUGGGUAAUAAAAUGUGAAAUGACGUCACAGUAUAGCUUUGUCUGCAUCACACCAAUGUUUGAUAGUGACGGCGAUGUCCCAGUUCUUAUUUAUCUCAGCAGCCUAAGUUUGGAUCACUCAUUCGAAGGAAUGUUUUUUGUUUUAAAUCCUGCAUUUAGCAAAGUUCUUGUGAAUCGAGUUAAUCCGGACAUCUGGGGAAAUGGUGAACACCUUAUUACUUGGGAUGAAAACGAGGCAGAACUUGAGAACAGCAGUGCCGUUGAUCUCCACGUAUUCACUCUUCAGCUAGGAAGCAGUGGUUUGAAGUUUGAAAGCUUUAUCGCAAAAAAGAAUAUUACUAAAUCUGAGUGCAUGACAACUUUCAGUUUGAAUGUGACACAUCACGUGGCUUUACUGCGAGUUACCUCUCGUGUGGAGACUAAGUUUAAAAUGCCACCGAGAGGAAUCUGGUCUGACGUAUUUCCAAUAUAUCAAUCAAAGGAUGAGGAAAUUCGUGCAUGUCAGAACUGGAUUAAGAGUGAGACAGUGUCUACAGACUUAGAUGUCGGACCUUGUCCCUGCACACUCCAGCAGGCCAUAUUGGAUAUUGUGAAAUAUCAACCCGAUCCUGAGUGUAACAGGUUCCAAAUCAAAUCAAAACAGAAGGUCAACUGUCGAUACCGACGAGAUGCCAGACACUGUGUUAGACUUUCUGGACCGAGCAAAAAUGGAAUGGACAACGUAUGCUGCUUUAAUGCCAAGGGAAACCUCAUUGAUUCAAGAGUCCAGGAGGGCGGCACACUUCAGCGAUUCCACUAUCUCGGAAAGAAACCUGAAAACGUUCCAUACAUUUCAAACUUUUAUCAUGACGUUGUGCCGUUUUUGCAAUGCUGUCGAUUUUCACAGAUGCAAUCAGACACAAAUCAGGAGAAUACCACGUAUAAUCUCUGCCAAGACUUUCUGAAAAUACGAAAAUACAGCUCCUGUCAAAACUACGAACCUCCAAGGCCAGCGAGAACGAGCGGUGACCCUCAUAUGACUACCCUAGACGGACUAGGUUAUACGUUCAACGGAGCCGGAGAGUUCGUAUACAUAUACACAGAGGACGAUUCGUUCAAAAGUCAAGUACGCUUCGAACAGUUCCGGAAAGAUAAUGGAGAUUUAGUGAAAGCUACUGUAGCGACGGCAUUAGUGAUGGAACAUAUCAACAGCUCUGAUCGAAUAGAAGUACGACUCAACUCGAUUAGAACAGCUGAUGUUCUUAGAAAUGGACAGCUUCUUGAUUUUGAGGAAUCUACUUGGAUGAAUUUAAAAGGCUUCGUAUAACAACAUCGAUCAAUUAAUUUUGGCGCUAUCGUAUUAAUAAGAAUUGUGUUUAGAUUUGAAUUUAUUUAUUUAUUUUUUGCAUUUAUAUAGGUGUAACCGUAAUAUUACUUCCGGUGGAAGACAAUAGUACUGACAAAUCACUACUGGUAUCAUUUAAAGACAUAAAAAUCGCGUUUAGUAUUCAAGCAUCGAAGAAAAUAAUAAACAUUUCUCCGGUAGUUCAAGGAGAAGAAAUUAAAGGAAAACUAAAAGGUUUACUUGGGAAUUAUGAUGGAAAUUUCUCAAAUGACCUACUUUCCUCUACACAUCAACAACUACCUGAAAAUGCAACAGAUGUGUUGAUAUUCAAUGAGUUUGGAAUGUCGUGGGCCAUCAAUGAGACGGAGUCCCUGUUCACGUAUGACCCUGGUAAGAGUUUUGCGGACUAUCAUCAGCCAUCAUUCCGGCCCGUGUUUGAGUCCUCAGUGUCGGUAACAGAGGAAGUGAGGGCGGUGUGUGGAGAAGACAAGGAUUGUAUCUUUGAUUUCUCUGUCACGGGAUCACGUGACGUAGCGGAGCAAUCCCGAACAUUCCAGAAACAGUUUCAGGAAUCUCAACAGGCAGCUGUAAUAGGAAUGGAAUUUGGGAACCUCAAGGAAAUGCAUCUUGUAUAAAGAAUGGCACGGAUCUUUAUACAAGUAGCACGACUAUGUCUAC